AUGGCGUCAAUCACUAUCAACAAUAACAACAUCAUUCCAUCCCUCGACGCGGAACGAGCAGCCCUCGACAGCGUCGCCGCCGACCUAGGCGUGAACGACCGCUCUGCCGCCGCCGCCAAAGUCAUCAACGAGGGCCAUGGUCUGACUACUACACCCAGCGGGAACAACAGCGUGCGCGUCCUGACUUUGAGCGAGUACAAGCAAGCCGGUUCGACGCUCGCGGAAGCCUUCAGAAAGGACCACACGAGUCUGUACUUUACGCACACGCCGGAUCGCAGCGACUGGUCUGAGCAGCAGAAGUGGGAAUUGCACGUCAAGAUGAUGGAGUAUAUCACUUAUGCGCAUCUGCUCAAGGGGUUGGUGGUUUGUGCCGGGCCGAAUUAUGAUUCGGUGGCGUUGUGGAUGCCCCCCGGCCAAAACAUGGACGACUUCCUCACCAUCCUCCGCUCCGGCAUGUGGCGUCUCAGCUACCAACUCUCGCGCGAGGGAAAGAAACGCUUCUUCGAUGAAUUCCUCCCUCUGCUCAACGACACCAAAGCCCACGUCCUCGGCCCCCGCGACACCACCUCCUGGUACCUCGUCUACAUCGGCACGAAACCCAGCUCCCAAGGCCAAGGCCACGCGAAAGCCGCCAUCGAAUACGUGACAAAAAUGGCCGACGACAACGGCCAGGCGUGUUACUUGGAGAGCAGCCACGCGUCGAAUCGGGCCAUGUACGAGCGCCGCGGGUUUGAGUUGAGGAAGGAGGUCUUUUUGCAGAGGGAGUUGAAGGAGAAUGUGCAGUUGGAUAUUAUGGUGAGGGAGCCGGUUAGGAGGGAUGGGGAUAGUGGGGUGGAGGUUUUGUAG